UGCCUGAUGUGCAGCGACUCGGCCACAAUAUUGGAGGAAUGCGCUUUUGUCGCUCGCUGGGGGUGGAGUUACAAAGUGAACGAGCGCUGCCUACCAAACAGAGAGAGGAGAAGGAGGAGAGAAAGAGAGAGGAGAGAGACGGGCUGGCAGGCUGCUCGCCGUAAACGAUGGUUGUCGGAUAGAGUCUUGAAGACCUAAUGAAACUGGCUGGUUGAAUUGUUUGCGGCGCUUACAGAGCUCAGUAUCCCGGCGUGCUUUGCAUUUCUCGGAUCCUUGGAAGGAGACAAGAAACUGCAGCAGCACGCAGAUAACAGUUAAAAAAGGAAGAGGACUUGCUUAUUAUCUGUUAUUAUACCACUGUUUUUUUUUUCACCUGUAAUUUCCAUUUCACGUAAGCAGCACUCAACUCUUUCCCAGAGGACAGGAACGUUUCAUGCUCAGGGGAAAACCGACCUCCUGCUUGGACCCAGUACCGGCCUCCCACGUUCCUCUGGCGGGCUCAGAAGCAGCAGUUCCCGGCAUUUGCUGGGAUGUUUGAGUCGCGUUGUUUGGUGGGGUGAAGGGACCGAGAGAGUGGCCGGAGUGACCGAAGGGGACGGAGGCCGAGAGAGGAGCCGAGAGUAUGGCUCUGGUAGCGCUGUCUCUUUGGGUGCUAACGAGUCUCACCUGGGCGAACCUGCUCCAGGUGUCAGCCAACAGGCAUUCCGUCUACUGGAACAGCUCCAACAUACAUCUGCGCAGGGAAGGCUACACAAUGCAGGUGAACGUCAACGACUACCUGGACAUCUACUGCCCUCAUUACAAUGACAGCCAGCGCAUGGUUGGCACCGGAGAGCAGUACGUCCUCUACAUGGUCAGUUACCGUGGUUACAGGAACUGUGACCCCCAGCUGGGCUUCAAGAGGUGGGAGUGUAACCGGCCUCACGCCCCCCACGCACCCAUCAAGUUCUCCGAGAAGUUCCAGCGCUACAGCGCCUUCUCGCUGGGCUACGAGUUCCACGUUGGACAGGAGUACUACUACAUCUCCACGCCCACCCAUCACCACGGCCGCAGCUGUCUGAGACUACGAGUGUACGUCUGCUGCUCCACGGCCUCGGACGUGGACGAUGAGCCAGAGCCUACAGAGCCAGACUACACACUUAGACCAGGCCUAAAAAUUGACGAUAUCGAUGAAUUUAACCCUUUCGUUCCCAAGCUGGAGAAGAGCGUCAGCGGAAGCAGCCCAUCCAGGGAUCGCCUUCUCCUCACCGUGACAAUGCUCCUUCUGGCCGUUCACUUCAUCUCCUAGCAACGGCCAUCCCAUCAGCGUCACCAUGCCAACUAGCCUUGGGAGGGUGUACAGUAUCAGGGGGUGGGAGAGAAGUGGGGGAGUCAGGAGAGGAGAGGAGAGGAAAGGAGAGUUAAGAUACCACAAAUAGAGCAGAAGGCAAGAGGAGCAAGACUUUGAAAUGAGAGUUUUCAAGCAUCUGUGUGUGUGUGUGUGUCUGUGUGUGUGUGUGUGUGUGUGUGUGUGUGUGUGUGUGUGUGUGUCUGUGUCUGUGUCUGUGUGUGUGUCUGUGUGUGUGUGUGUGUGUGUGUGUGUGUGUGUGUGUUUGAGGGAGUGUGCUUUUGGUGGAGUUUAAAGACCUUCAGGCGCUUCGUGACACAGACUGAACUGUAUAUUGCAUUAAAGUCAGCCUGUGCACACAGAUGCAGGUGUGGUAGACUUGUGUGCGAGUGUGCAUUUGUGUAUGUCUAUGUUUUUGUGUGUGUGUGUCUGAACAGGCCAUAGGUUGAGCUUGUUGAAUCACGCACACCACACAAAGCAUUUAUACAACAUGAGAUGGGCGGGGCUGAAAUCAUAAUAAAAAGAAGAAAAAGCAUCAAAUCCAACCACCCAAUUGAAAACCAUUUGAAGACUUUCCCCUGGAUCUGAUUGGCUAAAACACUUCCUUAGGGCUAGUUGCCAUAGUUUCUUGCAACAAGACUUAAAAUGAACUCAGAUGAACUGAAUCAAAUAGAUCUCAGCAGAAUUGAACUGAAAUUGCCUUUUUUUUGUUGAUGUUAUUGUUGAUGUUAUCUUGAUGCUGGGAACUUGUCCCAGUCCAUAGAGGAAAAAAAAGGACCCAGCUGAUGAACUGUGCUGGUCCUGUGUAGAAGACUGGUCAAAGUAGCUGAUAGUUCAUACACAAACACACCCCGGGACUCCAGAUACCAGUGUUUUAGUUGCCAUCUCCACUCUGCUGUGUCAUCCUGUGUUCACCAUCAGUCUCUACAGAAGGCACCAGAACUGGAUGGGGUCAGGGGGAAAAUACAGAGCAUUUAAACGAUGAAUCAUCCACUUAAAAAUCAUUUUGGCGGGAGGGACGUAGAUGUGCCAUUGACACAGAAACUGCAAGGGUUUAUUGAUGUUAUAAGUUGCUUUGUUACUUUUCUGUCCCCGUCUUUGAAGUACUCGGUUAGUCCUCUGUCAUCUCCGAGGUUAACUAAAGCACACGGUGGCUACGGAGCAGCCAUGGAUACACUCAGCAAUACUGCCCUCCUCUCAACCGACUGCAAGCUGUUUGGAGGAGAGGAACAGGAGUGAGGAGGAGGGACGAAGGAGGAAGGACAGUCACUCACACAACCACCUAAGGACAGGUCAAGUCCCGGCCAAUAAGAAUUUCUCCACUGGUCCAUGUUGGUGUAGCAGCCUGCUCUACCAAUCUCAUCUCUGUAAACUCAUUUGUCAGAUGCAACAUGUAAACAGUUUUCUGUUACCGUGUGAGUCUGUGUGCGAGAGAGAAAAACAUAUGCCUGAGUGUGCCAUGUGUGAGUGUUUGAUAGCGAGUGAGAAUAUUUUAAAUGGUACUAACAGCCUGAAAAUACAUCCACAUACUGUACAUCUUAUAAGUAUGAAAAUGCAAAAUAAAAAAAAAAAUCAAAACACAACUAAAGCAACAAGUAAUACAUACAAACCAAGUGCUUUGGUGGGGAGGUACGGCAAUUCAAAAUUCAAACAACUGUACCAGUCGGUUGCUUCAGAAUAGCGUUUCCAUAGCAACUAGCACCUUAUUCACCAUGGUUACCCUACCCUGCCAACAAUGGACUCUAGUAGGGCAUGGCUUACCAUAGUAGCUGAUAACAAUGAUGAAGGUGAUGAUGAUUAUAUUGAUAAUGAGUAAUGAAGAUGAUGAUGAUGGACUGCAAGCUGACCAACCAGGUCACACAGCGGCGUAUGAGACGUUCAAAUACCUGUGUAAAUGUCAAAACAGACAAAGAAUGGAACUCCAAUGUUUUGAAAUCUGCCGAGAUGAAAUGUGAUGUAAGCAUUUUUACAAACUUGAAGCUUAGCUUUUUUUUUUGUUUGUUUUUUUUUCCAUUUUUUUAAUUAUUUUUUUGAGAUUGUUGUGGUGUAUAAUUGGUUAUCUUGAGGGGGAAGACGGGGGUUUAAAAAGUUGGAGAAUUGGGUGGGUUGAGCCAUAAGUAAACCUGGGCUGCACUCUCUGAAUCUCUUAGCUAAGUGAUUAUUCAAAUUUACAGUUGAAUUAUCUUAUAGAGUAUAACUUUUGGAAAUUUUUGUUUUCUUGAAGGGACUCAUUAGGAGUAUUACUCAGCCUGUGAAAACGUGUAACAGGUCCUCUGUGGCUCUGGAGCUUUUUAAAGUCUGAGAAAAUAACCCUGAUGAUGCUACGAGGCUUAGCUCGGACAAAGUUACAAACGAGGACUAUACAGUUAGAAAAAUAUGGGCAUUUACCACGCAGGGAUGGACCAACAGUGGAUGUCAUCAAGUUGUAUCAUGGGAAAUGUAGGUUUCAGAGUUUUUGGAGCUAGGAAACCCUACUGGAGACUCAAAGUCAGGAUAUGUUGGUCUCUGCUUUACCAGUUUUGAUCUAUUUUUUCACCUGUUUCUUGUGAGUCCCCCAGUUUUAUGGCAGUGCAAUAGUAAAUUGCUGGGAAACCCUUUAAAACAAAGCUAUAUCUAUAACAGAAUAUAUUUACAGGAUAUAUAUGUGUGGUCCAGGCUGUGACCAGUUCAACCAAAGGGUGGUUAUUCCCUCAGAAAUUUGUAUUUGAACACUUUUUAGAACAGAUCGAAUGAUCUUCUAAGUCACACACAAAAGAAUGAGAUAUAUUUUGUGUGGUACGGCCGAACUGCACUACACAUUUUAAAUUCAUAGAAAUGUAUUAGCUCCAACAAGAGCAUCUUUCUGUGGAAACAAACAGGAUAAUGUGGCUUUGGAGCAUCAAUGAGUAGAUUUAAGAGACUGUAAUAAUGUGUGUGAACCAGUCCAGGUGUAUGUAUGGCUCUUGGUGGGAGGGUGAGGUAGGAGAGGUUCGGGUUCUGGUGUUGAGGGAGAGGGUUGAAGAGCUGUGCAAGAGGGUAAAUCACUCUUCAAGAAGUUGCACUUAAGAACUUAGACACGAGAGCAAGACAGUGUGUGUGUGUGUGUGUCUGAACGAAUGUGUGUGUUUGUCAGGGAGAGUAAGUAUCAGAGCUCAUUUCUGUUAAUUACAUCAUGGCUGUGUGCAGGAGCUUUAGCAUGAGAUGCUGUCCGUCUUUGUGUGUACUGGUGUCAGUGUGUGCACAUGUGUGUGCGUGAAGGAACAAAUGGGGGAGCGAGCAACAGUCUCUUUGCUUCUGCUCUUUCAUUGUGUGUGUGUGUGUGUGUGUAUGUGUGUGCAAGAGAGUGUGACUGAUUGUUGUCUGGCAAAACAACAAAAGCAUUUAAUAGUGUUGGAAAACAACAAUUUACAAUCAUGUUUACCUUCGACUGGAAUGACUUUAAAUGAACUUGAAAAUAAACUGUAAACUGAACAAACCAUAACAGAGGUUAUAACAAUGAUCAUGAUAACAAAAUAAUAAGCUUACAAAUCUUACUUU